GAUUUUAACCUUUGUAAAUUCAAAAAUUGCAAAUCGGCUAAGUUCCCUCCUCAAUAAUUCUCAAGUUUCUCUUCAUUUUUAAAAUAUUAUCGGUAUUUUUACACAUAAUUAUAUUUAGUAUAAUAAGUAAUAAUAACGGGCAUUUGUAACAAACUUGUUCCAAUCUUCUCAUCAUGGCUAUGAAUAAAUACAUACACUCUCGAAAUAUUUACAAAAAUCCUCCAAAUUUUAAGAAAUUAGCUGAUAAUUAUCCAGAAUUUGCAAUCAUUUCACAAAUGGAUGUUACAGGAAAAAUAAGUAUAGAUUUUAAGGAUCCCCACGCAUUGCGAGUAUUAACAGCUUGUUUGCUUAAAUCAGAUUUUAAUCUUGACGUCGUAAUUCCAAAGGACCGAUUAGUACCAACUCUUCCCUUAAGAUUAAAUUAUGUAUUGUGGAUAGAAGAUCUGCUUAAUGCUAUUGACCGACGGGAAUCAAUAUAUGGUAUUGAUAUAGGUACUGGAGCAUGUGCUAUAUACCCCAUGUUAGCUGCAAAAAAGAAUAAUUGGCAUAUGAUUGGAACGGAAACAGAUGAUGAUAGUAUUAAAAUUGCUAAAGAAAAUGUAGAGAGGAAUAACCUGGAUAAUUUAAUAAAAAUAAGAAAAAACUCAACAAAAUCUACUUUGGAGUAUUUAUUUGUGGAAGAUACAGAACAAAAAUAUGAUUUUUGCAUGUGCAAUCCUCCAUUUUAUGUAAAUAUUCAAGAAGUAUGGGAAUCACGAAGUCCUGCAAGACCUCCACCCAAAAAUGGCUUUACUGGUUCACCACAAGAGCUUAUUACGGAAGGUGGAGAGUUGCAAUUUUGUAGACAAAUACUUGAAGAGAGUAAGAAAUUAAAAGAUAAAAUUCUUUUGUUCACAUCUAUGAUUGGACACAAGUACAAUUUAAAGGAACUUUUGUUGGACUUAAAGGCUGAAGGAAUCAAACACACUAGUACAGAAUUUUGUCAGGGCAGAGUCACAAGAUGGGGCAUAGCAUGGACAUAUCAAGAUUAUGACCUCUUUAAAUUAGUUCCACCACGUGAGAAACCUAGAAAGAAAAGUUUGCCAAUAACACUCAUUGUUCCUAAGCUCCCUGAUCAACCUUAUAAUAUGGAAACUGUUGCAGCGAAGUUAAAAAAUCUUUUAGACAAUUUAAAAAUUCAGCACAAGGUUAUAACAAAACGAAAAAAUGAAUUGUGUUUAGAUUUGAAAGCUUACAUAAAUACAUGGUCUAAUCAAAGACGCAAAAGAAGGCUGCUCAAGCAACUGGAAGGAAAAGCAAAGAAAUCCAAACUGGAUGAACCUGGAACAUCUGAAGCAGAAAUAAGUAUUGAAACAAUAAAUAAUAAUGGUUCUUUGGUUAAUAGUGAAGAGGAGAACACUUCUGCAACUGAAAUAGAAAGCACAGGUAAAGUAGAAAUUUUAAAUGAAAAUCCUCUUGCCCACGCUUUUUUAAAAUUAGUUGGUAAAGACGACACAAUUACACUAUCCUUGGAAUAUUUAAGCGGAACUUUGGGAAAAGAAGGACUUCAUCAGAUAUUGCAAUAUAUUAAAAAUAAUUGGAAAUGAA